UUGUUUUGUUGACAAACUUGACAGUGACAUUCAAGACCGUUCUUUUUUGAAUUUAUGUGUGCUGUUAUUAAAAGGUAAGGAAAGUUUAAUUCGGUUUUCUACAAACAAAUAAUCAGGAGGACGGUUCGUUCGAUUGGAUAAAUGCCACUGGCGAAGAGAAAAGUAUCCAAGAAAGCGAAAUUGAAGAAUCAAAAAAAUGACAAAAACAAGAAAAAACCGAGAGAACCGAGUCCCCACCAAAACGCUCUCGUCGCCGCUGAGAAUCCGGGAAUUUACAGCACACCAGUUAGAAAACGACGGCUCAAUCGCGAGACCAACACUUCCAAUAAAUCCAUGAACAUAACUAAUCUCAAUAUAUUAUUUGAUUCAGAAUUCAUUUACAAUGCAGAAUCAAACAACGAUGUUUUCAUCGAUAAAACGAAUUCGACAAGAAAACGAUCCUUGUCCAGUAUCUCAAAAUUUAGCUCUAUUCAAGGGGAACCGUUCCGGAAACACCAAUGCACUCAAACAGCAGACGAAAACGAACUAAUCGUAACCAUCCACAACGAAGAGACGCCCAAAUGCGGCGACGUGUAUCGAAUGAAGAAAACCGAUCUGGAGAAACCCAUGCACGAAUCGAGGCACAAAUUAAACGGCAACAUAUUCAGAAGGGACGUGAACAUUAACCCUUACUUGAGAAACAUAGAGGACAAUAUCGGCGACGGUAGCUACACGGAAGCCUCGUUUUUUUGCCCUAAUUUGUUUCGACAAUAUUCCUCAACUCCUAUUCCAACGAUAGGAAGUCACAGAGGUUUGGUUGUAAGCCCGAAAUCGCCCAAAUUUAACGCUAGUAUUAAUUUAACGACUACUUCAGGGGAUAAGCUAUUGAGGAAAAGCUCCAGCUUGAGAAGUUUGAAGCAUUCGAUCAACAUUUCCACGAGGAGGAAAAUUAUUAGGUACUCGUCUAAGGAGCAGGAGAAGAAGGACCAAUACAAGUGCAACAAUGCGAACUGCAUUAAUAAUUCCUCGAUAAACGAAUUGCUCGAAAGCCACGGGACCGGAUGCUAUCAAAAUAUUUUCUCCAAAAUUAAGAGCUAUUUCAAACUCACUAACUGGACGGGGAAAGUUGUGAACGUUUGUUUCCAUUUGGGAGUCCAUCUAAAAAACACUCUAAGUUCGAUAUAUAACGCUCAAAACAACGCUUCACGACACGAUUAUUUGAUAACGUGCGAUAAAUGCAAACAGAACGAGGAGCAAAUUUCGAAGCUAUCAUUAAAGGUAGCGGAGAUCGAAAAUACCAAUAAAAAAAAUUUCGAACAGCUAAACGAGGAAUUGAAGAAGAUCAAAGACGAUUUGCACCAAUUAGCGAACGUAAAAAUCGAAAUGGAUUGCUUCAAAGAAGAAUUGGAAUUGAUCAAAAGCAAAUCCUCGGCGCGUGUCGUUCCCGCUCCGCCUCCACCGCCUCCGCCACCCCCGAUGCCCUCGUUUAUACCGCCGCCGCCGCCGCCUCCGAUGUUCAACGCGACCCCAUCCGAUUCGAGCAAGCUGAAAAUCUCGAAGAAGAAGCACAACAUGGACGACAAGGAGAACAGCCGGCCGGUUAUAUCGCUCGAAGAUAUAUUAAAAGUGAAAUUGAAGAAAACCAGCCACUCGAAUUCGUACCAGGCGACUCCGACUUCUCGGCCCAACAACCAGCCGGCCGUUUCGUUGGAGAUGCUGCGGCAGGUGAAGCUGAAGCCCUCGAACGGUUCGAGGCGAUCGGAGGGCGAUACGUUGGGGCUCGACGUGCCGUUGAGCCCGACUUCGAACUUGUGCCGGUUGCUGAAGAGCGAGAUGAGCGCCGGUAGACGGUUGAAGCGGUUGCGUAAGAUCGGCGGUUUAAAUUGCGAUUCUGUUUAUAGGAGAAGGCUCGACGAUCGAAGGGAAAGAGAGUACGAUUGAUGUCGAUGAGGAUUGUUGCGAGCGCGAACGAGUUGUAAUUUGUUACAGCGAUUGAAUUUAAUCGAGAAAUGUGAUGAGACAUGUUUAGCGGUCGAAAUUUAAGUCGCCAUUUGUGAAACUACGAAGUAGUUUUUUGUAUAUUAUUGGUAUUUCGAAUUUUACACGAGUAUAAUAACAUCUAUGACAAAUUUACGAUUUAUUGUAUCAAAUUCUGUAUUUUUACCUUUUUUUUUAUUUAUUUACAAGUAAAAAAUUUAUUUACGUACUGAUUAACAUACCGAAUAUGAUACGAUUAAUCUAGA